AUGCCCGACUGGCCUGCCUACCCCUCCGGUCCCUUCACCGGCGAGUUCGUCGUCGGCGGGUUCGGCGGUUCGCCCUUCCAAGCCUGCAAGUGGGUCAUGAAUCAAAGUGCGCUCGUCGUCAAAGGGCUCGACGUGUGGUACAACUCGGGCGUCUUGUGCGGCGUCCAGGUCACGUUUUCCGAAGACUCGCGCACCAGUGUUAUUGAGAGGGCGUAUACUAUGGUGGACGUGGUGAAAGGCUGA